AUGCAUCCGUCCCGCAUCACCAUCCAGCUAACGACCGAGCAGUGCUGGGAUGAGCCGCAAGGCCACACGUCCACAUCACAGAACGGCGUCAGGCCGCAUGUGGAGCAGGUGACGUAUCCUGUCCCAGAGCCAGCUGGCUUGCCUGCAGCUGGUUGGAACUAUGUAAACCAGCACGGCUUCUUGUACCAGGCAGAGGCCGUCCAUCGAUGCUUGGCAGCUGGCCUGAAGGAGUGUCCCCAGUUUACAAAGGCCGAGUCGCUCCGCAUCAUGGAACUGCUCGAUGAAAUUGAGAAAGGCAUUGUAGAUCCCUGCCGAUGA